CAUAACUGCGUCAUCAGAACGAGCGGGAGGAAGAAACUGGGUGCAUUACAUCUGCACCCAGACAAUCAUAUUAACCGCCACCUUUGGUGUCAAGAUGGCAUCUGAUGCUGUGGCAAAUCUCGCCGACUCAUUGGCGAAAACUCAAGUCGAUGAGGGCGAGCUCAGUUAUAAAGGACAAGGCCUGAAACUGGACAAUGCUCAGUCUGUGGAGAAGAUGGUAAAGGAGAUUGAGGAGUUUGACGGUCUGCGUGCGCUCAGACUAGAGGGAAACACCAUCGGUGUGGAGGCAGCGCAGACCAUCGCUAAAGCUCUGGAGACGAAGAGCGACCUGCAGUGCUGCCACUGGAGUGACAUGUUUACCGGCCGCCUGCGAGCUGAGAUUCCUCCAGCGCUGGUUUCUCUGGGCGAUGCGUUAAUCACGGCUGGAGCUCGGCUGAAGGUUCUGGAUCUGAGCGAUAACGCUUUUGGACCCGACGGCGUGAAAGGCAUCGAGAAGCUGCUCAAGAGUGCAGCCUGCCACACGCUGCAGGAACUGCGCCUGAACAACUGUGGAAUGGGCAUCGGAGGAGGAAAGAUACUGGCAGCAGCUCUGACUGUGUGUCAUAAGGAAUCGAGUGCGCUUGGAGCCCCCUUGCAGCUGAAGGUGUUCAUCGCAGGCAGGAACAGACUGGAGAAUGAUGGAGCAACAGCGCUGGCACAUGCCUUUCAGUUGAUUGGCAGUUUGGAGGAAGUGCACAUGCCCCAGAAUGGCAUUAAUCACCAAGGAGUCACAGCUUUAGCCACAGCAAUGGAGCACAACCCACAACUGCGAGUCCUGAACCUCAACGACAACACCUUCACCAAGAGAGGAGCGAUCGCCAUGGCACAGGCACUGAAACACCUGCGCAAUGUGCAAGUGAUCAAUUUUGGUGACUGUCUUGUUCGGUCUGAAGGAGCCAGUGCCAUAGCAGAGACCCUAAAAGAAGGACUGCCGAUUCUUAAGGAGCUGAAUUUGUCUUUUGGGGAAAUCACAGAGGAAGCUGCACUGGAAGUGGCUCGAUCUGUCCAGCACAAAGAUCAGUUAAAGAGACUUGACCUGAACGGUAACAGUCUUGGUGAAGAAGGCUGUGAAAAUCUGAAAGAAGUGAUGGAGAGCAUGAACAUGGGAGACAAGCUGGGCUCUCUGAGUGAUGACGAGGGAGAACCUGAGGAAGAUGAAGAUGAGGAGGAGGACGAGGAUGAUGAUGAUGAGGAUGUGGAGGAGGAAGAGGAGGAGGAAGUAGAAGAAGAAGAAGAAGAGGAGGGAGAAGGAGAGGAAGAAAAGAGUGAAUUAAAUCAGUUUUCAACGCCGCCUUCAGCACCUCGUACUCCGGACGUCUCGUCUUUCCUGAGCUUUCCUUCUCCAGACAAACUCCUGCGACUCGGCGCAAAGAGAAGCUCCCUCAUUCAGCAACAGGUGGACGUGUUGGAUGUGAGUAAGACAGCAGAAGCAUUUCUGAAGAUCUCGUCUGUGUACAAGGAAGACGACGCAGAGUUGAAAUCGGCCGUCCUGGAGAGCAUCGAUGCAGUGCUGAGUAAAGCCUUCCUUACACCUUCCUUCCAGGGCUUGAGUUUUGUGUCAUCGUUACUGGUGAUGCUCGGACUCUUGAAGAGUGAGGACAAGCUGAAGCCUGUGAAGGUCGUCCCAGGACAUCUACAGUGUUUGGAGCAUGCAGUGAAACAGAGUUAUUUCCCUAGAGAACACAUUACUGUCCUGAAUGCCUUCAUGGCCAGGCCGAAUAAAUCGCUGGAGGUGUGCAGCAGUGCUCGAGACCGUCUGAAAUCCACCCUGCAGAAACUCACACCUGAGAGCUGAACAAAUUCUGAAACACGUGUGCUUUAAUGACUUCCAUCUGAUUGUUAAUAUUAAACUGUCAUAUCAUGUCUUGAAACCUCA